GGGGACAUUGGUUUGAAAAAAAAAAACGCUAACCACACACUUUUAUGGCCGGUGCCUGGUCAUGGAGGGGACUGGGUGGGCUGGAGAUUCGGGCUGGAUCAAAACAUCCGGACGAUCGAUGCCAUAGGGUGGAGGGUGUGGUGGUGGAUCAAAUUGCCUACGCGAACCUCUCAUGGAGUGGUGGAGUACUGGAGGCUUCAAAUCCAUCGAUGAAGGAAACGCCAUGGGUUCGUGGUGUUGGAUCAACAAAUGAAGGAAGAGAGAGAGGCCAUGGAGUGAGUGGUGGAGUGGUUGGUGGGCGCGGGGGGUUCAAAAACGACCCAAAUACUACGGUAUGCGGAGGAGGUGGAGUGGUCGUGGAUCAAAAUCGCGAGUCAGGGGAAACCAUGGAGAGGUGGAGGUGGAGUGGGUGUGGAGUGGGUGUGGCUUCAACUAACGAAGACACUGAGACUCAUGGAGGGGAGUGGAUGAAAAAACUGAUACUUUUUGCCUUGUUAUGGAGUACUGGAUUUGGGGGGUCGGGGAGGCGGUUUUGGUUGCGGUGA